GGGGCCAACUCAUUACGUUCGAACGUCAGUAGUUGAAACAAGGACGCGUUACGUGCAGAAUAGCCAGCGCGCAGCCAGAGAAAAUAUAAAUCGCACAAAUCGCCCAGCGCGUUGCAUUAAGCGGAUAAAGCUAAAAAAUAAAUAGAAAUACAGCAAUAAAAAUGCAGGAAAAUUCAGCUGCUUAAGUGCUUUAGUGCUCUAGUGCCCGAGUGUUUUGUGCUUUUCCCCAAAGGAAAAUUGUGCCGAAUCAGCAGAUAGUCGUUACGUAUACGCAACGUGUGCGGAGUGUUGUUUUAUUGAUUGCCCAGCAGCAGAGCCACACUUAAACCACAACGAAAAUGCUGAUGAAACAGUGAAGAUUUAAAGAGCAGCCUCCCUUCCGAGGCUCGAGCAGUGAAAUGCGUGCAGCUGACAGUCAAGGUCGCCGACGCCUCAUGUCACCCACAAAAACAUAGGGAUCUGCAGAAAAAAACAAUUCUAAUAAAAGCAAGCGAAGCAUCUUUCAAGUCAUCAGCAGCUCAUCAACUAAGCGAACUUAAAAUGCCCAGGAUGGGGAGACGUCACAAACACUGCCAUCAUCGGUUGUGCGCUUCAUCUUCAUCUCCGCUGCAGCGGCUGGUGGAACUGCAGCUCCUUCUGCCGGCGCUCCUCGUCGUCCUGCUAGCCACCACCCUAGGACUCGCCUGCCGCGUCUCCGAGUUCUCCUGCAAGGGCAGCGGGAACAGCGGCACCAUCUGCGUGCCUCUGGACAAAUACUGCGACGGACGCAGCGAUUGCGCCGAUGGCAGCGAUGAGCCCAAACAUUGCUCAGUCUGCAAUCGUACAUAUUAUGGCGAUAUCGGACGCACCUAUGCCAUAAAAGUGCCAACGCCACAGUGGAAUAAAUUGCCCUUCCUCUGUCACUUGACAUUCACAGCAUCCGGUCAUGAUCAAGGCGACAUUGUUCAGAUCAUCUUUGAUGGCUUCACGGUGGGAAGGUUCGACGAGGGCAUGGUCGACACGGAUGUGGAUGGUUAUGAAACGAACCUCAGUCCCACGGGCGAGUUGCCAGGAUGUCCCGAGGGUUUCAUGCAGCUCAGCGAAUUGGGACGCCCAUUCACCGGCGGCUCCUGGUGCGGCAAGGCCACCGGACCGCAAUUGUACUUCAGCGAAACAUCCACGGUGACAGCCUCGGUGAAGGUAUUUCAUCCGCCACGCAAUAUCCGAGACGAGAAGCCCUUUGAGUUCAGCAUAAGAUAUAAAUUUAUAAGCCAGUCGGAUGCAGUUGUGAGAUACGGCCUGCCCGAUAAGCCGCUCGAAUUGGGCCGUGUGACACCCGGCACCUAUUGUACCAGGCAAUUCGACGAGUGCUAUCGGAACAAGUGUCGCCUGCAAAGUCCGAAUUAUCCUGGCAUGUAUCCGAGGAACGUAACCUGCUACUGGACGAUCCGGCAGAAGGAAGUCCCGACCAGCAAGCACGCCAUGAUUGCAGUUAGCCAGGAAAAUCAGCACAAGGCCUUGGUAAAGCGCUCAAUAGCCAGCUUUAAUAAAACCUCCCGGUCCAUUCGAGCCUGGUCGGACUGUACAGGUGAACGGGACCAUUUAAUUUUCUACGACGGCAGCUCCACCAACGACCCUGUUUUGGCCAAGUACUGCGGAGGAGAUUGGUUGCCACGCGUCGUUUCACGCGGUCCUGAGAUGCUGGUGGCCUUCCACUCCAGCCCCUUCUCUGCGCCCCUGCAGCAGGGGAUUCCGAAUCGAGGCUUCGAGCUGGACGUGGACAUACUCUUCACCGACUCCGACUCAUUUGACUUCGCGCAGGGCACCAAGAACCUGUGCGAGUUCCACAUAAAUGCCUCGAAUCCAGAUGAUGUGCUAUUCUCGCGCCGCGGCCGCAUGGGACGCAUUGUGAGUCCGCGUCACACGCUUCCGCCGAAUACGACAUGCACGUACCACUUUCACGGAUAUCCUGGUGACCUGAUUUGGUUAUCGUUCACCAGCUACAAUCUGCAGAUCCUGCAGCAGGCGAUACACGACAACAAUACGCUGGGACGGAGCGAUCUGCCGCCGUGGAUAACGCGCCUGAGGAUGUGGGACAGCUAUGGUACGUAUGUGCCCAUGAAAUCGACAAGUUCCACCACCGGCCAGCCGCCCCCUCCACCGCCCGUCGCCUCCUCGGCGGACGGGGGCAAGCCCACCCUCUUGAACCAGAGCAACUACGGCAGCUACUACUACAGCGCCAGCAAUCCGAAGCUGAACCGGAACCUGCGGGUGAACAUCGACAACGCCUGGAAUCCGGUGGACACCUACAUCUACGGCCCCACGCAGUCGAGUGUCUUCAACCAGGAGAACAAGUACAGCGGCUACCAGGGAGGCGGGCCUGGCGGAGCAUCCACCAGCUCCACUGGCUCCGGUAAGCCCCUUUCCGGGGUCAAGGACAGCCUCAACUACAUUUCCAGCGGCAAGUCCUCCAAGGAGGUCUCCGCAGCCGCGGUCGUCAGCUCGGACCGAAACAGCGCAGUGGCGCUGAUGAGCACCAAGGGGAAGCGACGACUCAUGCUGGAGAUCUACGACUACGAAACGCCGAAGCUGUGCGAUCACACUGCCAUCGGAAGUGGAGUGAGCGGAAGUAGUGCCGUGAUGGGCGGCAAUAAGCAGAGGCCCUGCAGUCCGCUGGAGAGCUACGUGAGCACCGGAAGGGAUUUGAAACUGGAGUUCCACACGCACACGGGCACCGCCUUAUUCCCAGCACAGUUUGCGCUGAACUACGAGUUUGUGGACACGGAGCAGGGUGGCGAGACCUGGGCGGGAAGACGUGGAGAGGAUCCGGUGCCGCCACUCUGCUCGAGAAUUUUCAAGAAGCGCAAGGGCAACAUCCAGGUUCCCAGGAAUGUGUUCCUUUACGGACGAGGUGGAGCCAAGAACAUCACCUGCUUGUACCGCUUUGAGGCGGGUCCUUCGGAGAGGGUGAAGCUGGUGCUGCACAACGUGUCCUUUGGAGAAGGUACAGCCUGCACUACGGACUCGGAUCUGCAUACAGGCAGACCUCGCUGCAAUCAACUGGAUCCCGAGGGCCGCAUCACGGAGCUGCGACUGUUCGAUGUUCCAUUUAGGGACGUGAAAAUCCAGCUGGGCUGCUUCUGCGAUAACUCCAGUGCCUUGUACAGCAACGCACCGCUUACCUUCGUUUCCCAUUCGAGGAUAAUGGAGCUCUCCUUCACGGUCACAAGAUUGAAUAUAUCGGAGGACUUUGCGGAUGUAUUCUUCUCCGCUUCCUACGAAUUCAAGAGGCAACCGGACUGCAGAAAGCAGUUGAAACUUAAAGGAGCCGGAGGGGAGGACGAACUCAAGUAUCCUUUAAAGACUCAGGACGCCAGUUGCGAAGGCCUGGCCUGGUACAUCGAAGCCCAAUCGGCCGAGAGGUCGCUCUUCGUGCAGACCUGGGGUGCCUAUCUGCCCGUGGAUCCCACCUCCGAGGACGCCAUGCGAUGCCACACCAAGAACCGCCUGAUGAUAUACUCCGGACGACCCCUGCGACCCAUGAGGGUGGUGUGCCCGGCCCAAAGUGGUCCGCGGCCAAUGUCGCUGCACAUCUUCUCCGAGGACUGGACCAAUGGCCAGCCCUUGUUCAUGAACAAACCAAUCAGCCUGGUGCUGGAGCCAAUCCUGAAGGAGCCCGGCGACAUCUCCUUCACGUGGCUCGAGAUCCACCGCACCAAGAACGCGCUCCUCCAGCAGUUGGACCUGCAUGUGAACGCGAGCGUGACCACGGGCAUGGGCUCCCAGACCUCCUCCCAAUCCGCAGCGGGCUCCAACACGGGGAUUGGGGGGCUGGGCACCAGUGGGUCAGGAUCUGCAGCCAACGCCGGAGGCUCUGCAGGCGGAGCAACGGCCAACGAGACGCUGAACGAGUUCGGCUUCUUUCCCAAGGAUUCCGACUGCGAAUACAAAUGUCCUGAAAUUGAUGCAUGCAUUGCGGCCAGCCUGUGGUGCGAUGGCCACCACAACUGUCCCAGCGGGUUCGAUGAGUCGGAGGAGGAGUGCGGCACCGCUCGCAAGUUGCUGGAACUGCCGGGCGGAGUUUUCGCCGCUCUUGGAUGCAUUGCAGCAGCCCUGACCGCCUGCCUGAUAUUCUGCAUGUUCGGGCUGAUGAGGAAGCGGAAAAAGUCGGUGGUGCAGAAGGGCGCCGGAGUGGGCGGCAUGGGCGGCAUGGGCGGAAUGGGCGUGGGCGGGAUGGGCGUGGGCAUCGGGUUCAUGAACGGAGCCAGCAACGGCAACGUGUCAGCCGCCAGCAUCGGCACCCUGAAGAAGGACUUCAAGAAGGAGGCGCUGUACAUCGAUCCGGCCUCCUGACACGGACUACAGCCGGUCGAAUAUAUCCACGUGGACCGGGAGACCACCGUGUGAUAUGUUGCCGCCGGCUGUGGCAUCCCCUAUGAUCAUGUGGAGCUUUCCAUGGAGCUGGCCUGACCGAUGGAUCAGUCCGCUGAUCCCGUUCAAAAUCUGGCCUGGAGAUUUUAAAGAUACAGAGUCGUCGCCUGGAGGUAUGAGAACACUAAAUGAAACUACAUUUUAAGCCGAUAACUUUUUCUAAACGCUUCUGGGAGGAACAAAAUGCGCAUUAGCGAACUUGUGUGUAUGUAGUCAUAAGGAAAAUAGUGGUAUUGAGUUAAUUAUGUUUUUUAUUGUGUAUUUAUUGUUUCUUUUUAAUCUAAAUAAUUAAAAAAACAUUGAAGGAGUCAGGACUGGGCACUGUAUGAACUUAUUUAAGGCAUAACUUUGCAGAGAGGGUUUUUAAGUUUUGACAUAAACUAAAUUCAAAAACAUCGAACUUUAUGUUUGAAUCUUUCAAUAUCAGAAAAUGAACUUUUGAAUUCAAGCUAAAAAUCUUUAUAAUUGCAUACAUCAGAGGUUUCCAAAUUAAAAUCAAGAAGUACAUGUUACACCGAUAAUAAAAAUAGAAAAGUCCAAUCAUAAGGAGCAUGCAUAUUAAACAAUAAAGUCGCACACAACUUUUAAAAACUUAAAAUGUUCGAGUAAUAUGAAUUUACUUAUCGACAUAUGGUAGCCCGUCUGGACCUUUACAAAAUUAUUUCAAUUCCAUUAAGAAAGUUAACAACCCUUUAUUUCAUAAGACUACAUACGCAGCACAAGGGAAAUACAACUAUUGUAAAUUAGGUACCUUUAAACCAGUUAGAUCAGCUAGAGAGCAACAAUUCGUGGGCGGUUCGUAGAUGACUUCGGCAUAUUUACCACAUAGCACAUAGCACCCAUUAAAGGACAUUUAGCAACUAAAUGGAAGAUCAUGAAUUACAAUGAAAUUGUACAGAAGAGCAACUCAAAGAGCAGAUCCCUAAGCGUAGGGCCCAUCUGGCAUUAUUUUUAAGCGUCUAGACUAGGCAUAAAUCUGUUAGCAGCAUUUGGAAAGGAGUGGGGAAGGUCGAGGGUAAUCUCUACAGUGUUGUGAUCUACGGCAUGCACAUACUGAACUAUGUUUAAACACUAUGUUUAAAGUCGAAGCAUUUACAUGGCGAGUACUCACAACCGGAGGCGUAUAUUGUAUAGGUACUAGCUAAAUAGUCAACUAAGAGGGCAGCACUUUUCUGUUAUUAUCGUACAGCACAAACAUAAGCAAAGGACAUCACCUAGUGGUUUAUUAUAUACAAGUCGAAACGGAAAGUUAAUUAAUGCAAUUGUUAUUAAUGAAUUAAGUAGAGCUCCAACCCAGAGAUAUGUUCACUGCACCUUAAUCGAGAGAACUGCCAAAGGAUUAUUCAAAAAACAAUCAAUGUAAAUAUUUCUGUCGAGCAAUUAGUUGGUUUGCGUCAGCAUUUAUGUUCGUACUUUGAACACAAACCGAUUCCCCUAAGUAGCUGCAGUGAGUAUAUUCCUAAAGUUAAUAGACUUUGUAAAAACUACAUGCAAAGAAUAAUAAUAACUGUAUGCAAAACUACCAUUUAGGACACGGCUCAUAACCCAUAUAAACAAUCAAACUUUUGGCAGUUGCAGUAGGAUUAAGCAAACAACACCAAGAAGAAGCGAAAAAAGGACAUUGGUACUUUAUUUUAUAGACACUGAACUAGGGCAAAAAUUAUAAAACUGAAUACUGAGAGCAAAGCAAAUACUGGGUGCAAUGGGAAUUUUAAAAAUUUAAAAACCUCUGCCCAUGCAGGCAGAGUCCACAUCCAUAAAAACCCAUUAAAAUUUCAACUGCAAUCAAACUUUGCCGAAAACCAAGUGUAUAAAAAAUAUAUGAUUUAGCCAGCAUAAAAAGUAAAUGGAGAUAUAUACAUAAAUUAAAUCAAAUAUUUUCGGUUGGCAUUUUUUGAUAGCAAAUAACCUAAAUAUUUAUAGAUAAAAAGA